AUGGAUACAACGGAAUUCUCGUCCGGCAGGUCACCUAGGAGGGAGCUCCAACUCCAAGGACCUCGUCCAACACCUCUAAAAGUACGUAAAGAUUCCCACAAGAUCAGAAAACCACCAGUGGCGCCACCAUCGCAGCAGCAGCAGCCUCAAGCGCCACCUCGACCACCGGUCAUAAUCUACACCGUCUCUCCCAAGAUAAUCCAUGCAAAACCUAAUGAAUUUAUGUCACUGGUUCAACGUCUAACUGGCCCGAAUUCAACCUCGACCUCUUGUAGUUCCUCCUCAGUUUUUCAAGAAAAUUUCAAUCAUGGUGCAAUAUCUCCAGCUGCACGUUUUGCUUCGAUAGAAAAAACUAAGUCCCCAGAAGGAAGAAGAUUACCACAAGCUUUUAAUGACAUGGAAAUGGUUCAAGGGAUAGAUAUUAGCACAGAAAUUGGCAGCAAUUUCCGGCAGUUUCAGGGUAUUUUAUCUCCUAAUCCAGCUUCUCUUCCAACUAUUCCACAAAAAUAUUUCUCUCCUUCAUCUGAUCAGAAUCCACCAAACUUUUUAUAUGAUUUAAGCCCAGUUUUACACAAUAACAAAAAUUAUUUAGAGAGCAGUCUAAUUCCCAGUCCUUCAACUUUUGUUUCACCCUAUAUGCCUUCUCCAAAUACACUAGACCUUUUCCACAGUUUAUUUGACCUUUAA